CGCAGACCGGCUGGCAGGCCCAGGCAUGGCGGCCUUCGUGCUGCUGAGGCGAUGCGCGCGGAGGGCGCCGGGACUGCCCCGGCCGGGCAGCGGAGAGGCCGCCGCGGCAGGUCACUUGGAGAGCCUUGCUUGUCUUAGCUGUUCCUCCAGGAGGCUAAUAAAAGACUUGCCUGCCCGCUUAAAAUAUUGCACUAACAUCUCACCUUACAUUUAUUGCACAAAAGACAGCUACGCCUGGACGGAGGGGUCAGAAAAAAGGCCGGGGGCGGCCCUGAGAGCGUUCGACUCUCGGUGGCCCCCUCCCAGCAGAGGCCUUUCAGGGCCUUGUUGGGUUACGGUAAGGAACUGGCAUUCUUCCGCGUCCAGAAACGAUGACUCUGUAAUAGAGAAAUCCCUGAAGACCCUGAAAGACAAAAGCAAGAAGUUGGAAGAAGGGGGCCCCGUUUAUAGUCCAGCAGUGGAAGAAACCGUCGUUAAAAAAUCCAUCGGGCAGAAGAUUGUGGACGAGGUGAAGCAUUACUACCAUGGCUUUCGGUUGUUGUGGAUCGAUUCCAAAAUUGCCGCCAGAAUGCUCUGGCAGAUUCUUCACGGCAGCUCCAUGACCCGCCGGGAGCGCAGACAGUUCCUUCGGAUCUGCGCCGACCUCUUUCGCUUGGUCCCUUUCCUGGUCUUCAUCGUCGUUCCCUUCAUGGAAUUCUUGCUUCCCGUAGCUUUGAAGUUGUUCCCGAAUAUGCUUCCUUCAACAUUUGAGACAAAAUCUAAGAAGGAAGAGAGGUUGAAGAAAGAACUGAGGGUAAAGCUUGAGGUGGCUAAAUUUCUUCAAGAUACCAUUGAGGAGAUUGCCUUAAAAAACAAAGCAGCCAAAGGGAACGCUACGAAGGAUUUCUCAACCUUCUUUCAAAAGAUACGCGAGACGGGUGAGAGGCCGAGCAACGAAGAGAUUUUACGGUUUUCUAAGCUGUUUGAGGACGAGCUGACCCUGGACAACCUGACAAGGCCCCAACUGGUUGCUCUGUGUAAACUUCUAGAACUUCAGUCCAUCGGAACAAACAACUUUCUUCGCUUCCAGCUAAUAAUGCGACUGAGAAGCAUCAAAGCAGAUGAUAAACUGAUAAUGGAGGAAGGCACGGAUAGCCUGACAGUAAAGGAGCUGCAAGCAGCCUGCCGAGCGAGGGGCAUGAGAGCCCUCGGCGUCACGGAGGAGCGGUUAAAGGAUCAGCUGAAGCAGUGGCUGGACUUGCACCUGAAUCAAGAAAUCCCAACCUCCCUGCUUAUAUUAUCCAGAGCUCUGUACCUCCCGGAAACUCUGUCUCCGGCUGACCAGCUGAAAACGACCUUGCAAAUCCUCCCUGAGAAUGUGGCAAAAGAGGCUCAGGUGAAAGCAGCGGAAGUGGAAGGGGAGAAGAUUGACAACAAAGCCAGACUGGAAGCAACGCUCCAAGAAGAGGAAGCCAUCAGGAAAGAACAGCACGAGAAGGAGCUGGAAAAGCUUUCCGAAGCGGCCGAAAAAGCCAAAGAGACGCUUCACGCUGCGGAGAGGGAGGUGGGCGUAGAUCUGGAUCCCUCAGCUCUGAACAAAGUCUCCCUAGAUGCCACUGCUGACCGAGAACCGGCAAAAGUGACCCUAGCCCUCCAGUCAGAGGUUUUGACGGAUACGGCCCCCGUGUUGGAAGGCACGAAGGGCGAAGAAAUAACAAAAGAGGAGAUUGACAUGCUAAGCGAUGCUUGCACUAAACUGAAGGAACAAAAGAAGCUGCUGACAAAGGAGAAGGAAGAACUGGAGGACCUGAAGGACGACGUGCAGGAAUACAGCGAGGAUUUGCAAGAAAUCAAGGAACUGUCUAAGAACGGACCCGAAGAAGUGGAGGAAUCCAAGGCCAGCAAGAGGCUGACUAAAAGGGUGAACCGAAUGAUCGGGCAGAUCGAUCGAAUUAUUCUGGAGCUGGAGACAGACCAGAAACCAGCCGGAGAAGAGCUGAGCGGGGGUCCCAUUGGGCUGCGUUUCCCACUUAGGGAGAACCUCAUCAGCCUCCAGGAUCUCAUCAACGUGAUGAAGCAGCUCCAGGAAAUCCCCGAAGGGAAGCUGAACAAGCUGGCCGAGGCGCUGGACGAGAACAAGGACGGCAAGAUCAACCUGGAUGACGUGGUCAAGGUGAUCGAAUUGAUUGACAAGGAGGAUAUCGAUAUCUCUACCAAGCAAGUAGCCGAGAUCGUAUCGCUGCUGCACAAGGAGGAAAAAGUGGAAGAGAUUGAGAAGACCAAAGAAAGCCUGGAGAAGGAGGCUGCCGAGGUGAAGAACUAGCCCUCCAGCUCAGCGGCUGACUGGAGGAAGGCGGCCUCCUCCUCCUCCUCCUCCUCCUCCUCCUCCUCCUCCUCCUCCUCCUCCUCUGUACCUGAGUCAGCACUUAGCAGCGGUGAGAUGAAGCGCCCUGGUAGUUUUCCAACUAAUCAAAGAUAAAAGUAAUUUUGGGACCCUGGAGAGACAAACGAUCAUUCCAUGAAAUAGAAACUGUUCCGGUCUCCUAAGAAAACGCCCCGUCCUCUACAGUGACGUUGGCUCUUGGGUCUGGCGGGUUGAUUCAGUCCCUUUGUCUCUCGGUUGUGAUAGAAAUCAGAAAAUCCUUUGCAAUGCCCGAGGGAAUCACUGCUCCUUUCAAAACUCUGCUACCUUUGCUUGUCACAGAGAUAAUGAUGUUUUUCUCCUUGGGAAAGUGAAAAUCUCUACCGCAAAGUCUCCAACAACCGAAACCACUCAAAAAUGACUAAAUCCAGGCGAAACUUGGUUUCUGAAAGUUUUGGAAUUAUUUUAUGUUAACACAUGUAGAAUUGCACUGCAGCCGUAAUUUAAAAAACAAAACGGAAAUCUUCUUGAACAUUUUUAUUUGGGCUUGAUUAAUGUUAAUUAAUCUCAGUGUUUAAAAAGAGAAAAAGAUAUCGCACUAUUUAGCUAUCCAUACGCACCCUUUUAAAAAAGGGGUUUAAAUUCUCUCACCCCUCUAAUCCCAUUCAUGUUUCUCUCCAUUUUAUCCAUUUAUCCAAUUUCACUUAUACAUAAUCUGGACUCCCAGAGUUUGCAGAUCAGACCUCCAUUAGCUACAAGGCGACUUUGAACUUGUAAAAAAAAAAGUCUAUCAAAUCACUGUUUAUAUAAUAGGUGUACCUUAAUCAGGAGAUUUUUUUCACCUUGGAUGUGAAAUAACAAUAAAUAAUAAAUAAUUCAACAUACUGGAAACAUAAAAAAAAUGGCCUAUAUAAUCAUGACAAUUAAAGGCUGCUAACAAGUAUCUCCCUUAGUUUGCUUUUGAUCUCGUCCGUUCUGCUGUGUGGUUGUGCUAGUUGUCCAGGCGGUUUUUUCUUAAGCAGCCCUUUAAAGCAUUUGGGGGGGGGGGGAUUCCGCGUCUGUUCCCAGAAAUAGGUGGGGGUUGAAAUUGGUCUCGUGAGCCCGAACUUUUCUGUUUCCAAUUAACGGCACUUGGGUUUUGCCAGGGCUCAGAAUCUGCCUUGCCGUCCUUUAAUUGAGGUGUAAUACGGAUCAUCCCCUCGGGGGCCUCCCAGGUUUGGUUCCGGAAUGAAGAGCAAAUGGGUCUCAGACCCCAGUUGGGAGGGGUUGAAAUGGCCCUGGCCGCUCAGAGGGAUUUGCCCCCGUUUCCUAGUUUUGCUGCCGCCUUAGUGCUGUUGAUAGGCAGGACACACAGACUGAGCCCAUUUCUUCUCCUCUUCCAGUUGUGAUACGCUUUGGUUUUAUGGGGACGCGGCUGAGGUGGCAUCUGGUGACCUGGGAAGUUCUUUUGGGGCAGACUUGAAAUAUGUUUCCUUGUGAAGAGAGUGUCUGCAGCUGAGUUGGGCUCAAAGGGGAAAAACUCCCCUAGCAAUUUAAGCAUCCGUGGAGAAGAACUCCCCUUUUUCAUGGCGCACAGGAUGGACCCUCCUUUUUACUGCAUAUUUAUUCCUGUGACAGAUUAGCAAAAGGGAGCCCAAUCUGUCCAAGUGCCUGUUCUGGAUUCAAGAGAAAAUCCCGACUGGAGGAGGGCAGGAGGAAUGGUUGGACAUUCUUACAACUGCACUUCACAGUAUAUGCCAGGUUGCGGCAGCUACGUGAGGCUACAAAGUACAUCUGUCAAACCUGUGUAGUUGCUGUUUACGCGUUGUCGCAGAGGAGGUGGAAAGCCGCCCCCAAGCUAAAUCGUGUCUUGCUAUUGGAAACAAUUGUGUGCAUUCACAGUGUCCGGAGGCAUUUCAGUGAUUAAGUCCAUCCUGUGGAUACUAAGAUAGUUCUGUGGCCUGGUGCUAGCGUUGUGCGUCAGUUGACCUCCCCGCUGAAGGAAGCCCCAGCGACCCCUUUCCGUUCCCCGUUGCCUUCCUAGCUCCUUGUUGCUACGGCUUCCCUUCGCCCAAACCGUGGCUGGUAACCUAGCAAGGGAUUGUCUCACUCGGGCAGGGGUGUGUAGGCGGCGGUGUGUCUGCAGGGGCAACGGCACACGAAGUGAUGGGAGAGGGGAACUGCCUCACCUGCCCUUUGCCCACGAGGGCAUCAGUCACACACACACACACACCCCCGUUCACCUUUUGGGAAAGAGAAGGGAGCGGCUGCCUCUCCGAGAGGAGAUCCGGAGUUGCUGACAGGCAUCAACUCCAGAGAAGGUUUGGAUUCUGUUUAGGGGGGUCUCUCGGGGGACUUUCAGUGCCUUUAGACUAGCAAGGGGGGCUCACGCUGGUCCUAGAUCAGGCAGUUUCCUUCGCUUGGCUUCUGUUUCAUUUUAGCUUCUGUAGCUUGAGCAGCAGGUCUGAGCAAAGAACUUUGACAGCUGAGGGCCUAUAUACAUACAUAUAUAUAUAUAUUUACGGGAGCCAGUGGCGGGCUUCUUGUUUUGCAUAUAGAAAUUGCCAGAAUUCCAUUUAAAACUGGGGGAAAAAACACCCCAGUCUCAACAUCAACUCCUGUUGAUAGCUGGCAGGAAUCAACCGCCGGUCUCGGUAUAACGCAGCUUUCUGCCUUUGCUGUAGGAUGCAUAAAGGACAAUGCAGAUAAUCAUAAGCUUUCUGUAUUUAGGGGUAGAUAAAUUGGCAUUAGGCAUCUUUUGCGCUUUGUACACGUGUAUGGACUCUUUCUGGUGGAUACGAAUAAAUAUCAGUUGGAUUUAAAUGCAGAAUGGUUGUACGGGAUUAGAGUGCUGAAGACCUAAAAUAGGAAAGAAAAAUUGUGUUUUCAAUAAACAUUAAUUUUCAGAAAUAACAUCUGAGACACGGCAAGUGGUAAUAAAUCCCAGAUGCAGAAUAUUAAACGUUUGACAUUUCAUAUGGCAAACGGCAUCUACAAGCCUUACCCCCCCCUUUAUUUCUGGAAAUAAUUGUUUGUAUUUCUGUCCAGGACGCAGAGUGGUAUGUGGCCCCGGGGCUGCAGAGUUAGGCUGUCUCUGUCUCUGUAAGAGGCAGAAGGGAAGACAAGGGCUAAGUUCAUACGCGGGUUGACUGGCAACGGUGAGUUAUCAAAGGUAAUAAUGGGUGAGAGCCCGAUUGGUUGGCACUAUAAGGUGGUACUUGCAGGACAGUUGAAUGUGCCUCAUCUUUUGUAUUCAAAGGAUGAAGAUUUUGCCCCCGUUCGGAUGUAAAAUAAAGAAUAUACUAUUCAGUCUACGUUAAAAUAUAACCAAGGCCCUUUCCUUGGUAAAGAAUAUUCUGCUGUUCAUAUUUUGAUGUAGGCUGCUGUUGAGGUGGUAUUGAGAGGUACAACUUCCUUCAGUUUUUUCACAUAACUGGUUGAAUGUCCAGCCGUUCAAAGCUCUUUGGGUCACUCCAGAGUCCGCAAGUCCAGAGAUUUGGGGGCCGCAGACUAAUGGUGCACCUUCCCUCCCUCUUCACAGAUGUCUGCAUCCAAGCUGUUGCCUUCCACCCGUAGCGCUGCCCCCUUUUGCCUGCCAGCCAGAUGGGUUCACUUUCUCUCUUACCGAGCCUGGGGCUGGAAUUAGGGCCCCCCUCCUUCCCCCGGGGAAAGAAAGUAAAUCUACAGGCUUCGGGGAUCCCUUCAUUUACAGUUAAAAUGACCAGAGCAGAGGCUCCUCCAGUGCAGUGUGUGAUUCCCUAAAUAUUCAAGGACGUCCUAGGAAAAAAACAACAACUACUGAGUGAAUUUUGUGAUUCUUUUUUUAAAAAAGGUUAGGAACUCACGGGGCAAACAUGGUCCUUUUAAAGGGGCAACCGCUUUUUUCAACCAAUAUUUUCUUUUUAGAAAAAAAUGUGAUAGGAUCAGAAAGCCAGAUCUGAAUACUCCCUUGCCAAAAUAGAGAGAGAGACAGAGAGAAAGACUAGAUUUUUUGGCCUUUUCAAGAAAGACCCCUCUCCUCGCCCUAGAAGGAAACUGAGGCUGGUGGGGGGGGGGAUCAUUUCGGCUGCCCCCUUUCAGCCCCGGAGGGGUAAGGAUGGAAUGAGGUGGGCCCUUGUACACUCCACUUGACACUGGGAGGGACGUUAUUUCCUUAUCAAGAUUUGAAAUGGAUCCACAUUGGCAAAUCAGCCGUUUUUAAGAAUACCUUAACUGGCAACCUAAGCUUGUAGAUAAUCUAUUAGCAGAGAAAUUUCACGCUAUUUCAUAGAUUUUAACAAUUAGCACGAGGCAAACCAUCUGGCUUUUUUUUCUAAAAGGGAAUUUGAUUCUCUUUUGAAAAGAGCUUUGAACCAUCCCCAGUUACAUAAGAUCUGAGUUGAAAUACAUUUCCGUGUGUAACGCUAGUGGUGCUUUGUGUUUAAUAUGUAUAAAAUCCUUUUUAUCUUUCUAAGGUUAAAUUAUUAUAUAAAAUACCAUUAUUAAAGAAAAACCAUAUCCUAUUCCUCUCUUUUACCGUGGAUUAUUUAUGAAUAAAAUCUUACAUAAUCAACAUGUCAAUAUUGAUCAUGUGAACUGAAAGACAAUACUUCUCGGUGUA